AUGUUCCUAGAGCCAAAAACAGAUGAUCAAGCUUCUGAAGGUUUGGGCAGCAGCACUAGCUUGCUCAUUCCAACCAUCAACACUUCUGGCCAAUACGUGUGGCGCAAGAGAUGGCUUAGAUAUAUUGCUCUAGGCGUUUUCAUCACCUCACGCAGAUUGCCCCACGAAGCCCCUGGCUAUGAACCUUUAGAAGCACCGGCACCACCGGCCCCUGCCUCUGAGCAUGCGAUUGACAUCCCUUUUCAGGACCGGUUUCUGAACAAGGUUGCUCGCACUGUGAGAGAGAAGAACUUAAAUGCACUGCGAGGACUUGGUGGUGUUGCUGGCAUUUUGCCACUUCUCAGGCCUCACUUCGAGGAUGAUGCUGAUGAUGGUGGUCAAAAUCCACAAGGAUGGAACACGACCAUGUCCCCAGUUGAUGCAAAAAGCUUCUCAUACUUCUUGUUGAAGGCGUGCAAUCAAUAUACAGUUUUUUUUCUCUUACUAGCAGCAGGGUUUUCGUUUGCCAUUGAAUUCAUGACGCAAGGAGUCAAACAAGGGUGGCACGACGGUCUUGCCAUACUCUUUGCGGUGUUCUUACUUGUUGCUUUCCCUUCAGUGGGGAACUACCUCCAUGAGAGAAAGCUGGUGAGGAAGCACCUGCUGGACAGGAGCAGAUUGACGGUGAAUGUUGAAAGGAGUAACAGAGAACCUACAUCAGUUAACAUAUCUAGUGUUGUGGUGGGCGAUAUAGUUCAUUUGAAGGAAGGAGACCGUGUCCCUGCCGAUGGUUUGUUCAUAGAUCAUGGUGAGGACUUGAUGUUGGAUGAGGUUUUGAACCCCAAAAUUGAUUGUGAACAAAACCCGUUUGUGUUGUCUGGUUCAAAGGUUAUUAAGGGGCAUGGUCGCAUGGUUGUGACAUGUAUUGGUGCCAAAACAGUUUUUGCUGAGAUGCACAGCUUGGGGACUAAUCAUAAUCCAAACGAAAAGACGCUGUUACAAGAUUUGUUGGACAAGCCAUUUAAUUGUAUGGAUUAUCUUGCGGUUUGUGUCUCUCUACUGAUUGCUCUUGUGGUGCUAAUACGGCUAUUAUUCUUCAGGAAGCAUGACAAUUACAAUGACAGGCCAGAACUGAAAGGGGAAGGUUCAAUGAACUUGGUAAUGAGGAUCUUUGAGAAAAUUUUCUUGAAACCUCAAGGACGGGUUUCCACUUUAGCAAGUGUUCUUGCAACCGCGGUGAUAGGGAUACAACAUGGAAUGCCUUUUGCAAUUACAGUUGCCCUUUGUCAAUGGAAGGAGAAGGUGGUCCAAAUUCAGGCAAAGCCUCAGAAUCUAUCAGCUUGUGUCACCAUGGGACUAAUAACAGUCAUCUGCAUAGAAACAACUGGUGAGCUAAUGUGUAGUCAGGGGGAGGUUAAGGAAUUUUGGAUGGGUGGAAAGGAUUUAUGCAGUGAUGAAGUGGACUCUGAAGCUGACCAAGUUGUUCUUGAAACACUGCAUCAGGGGAUUUCUGCUACCCCAUCCCCAACAAAAGAUUUGCUCAUUUCUUGGCUGAAGACCAGAUGGGGUGCUAACAUGGAGUUAUUGAAUGAAACAUGUAAUCCCAUUGAGCAGAAACAAUUGAGCUCUGAUGAGAAAUGCAGUGGGAUUUUAGUGGAGAAAAUUGUGAACGAUGAACAAAUUCUGCAGUUGCACUGCAAUGGGGAUGCAUCAACAAUAUUACAUAAGUGUUCACAUUACAAUGAUAACAGAGGGGAAAGUCACACUAUGAAAAACCAGAACAGAAGAUUUAAGCAGGUGAUUAAUAAAAUGGAGGAGAAUGGUCUUAGGCCCAUUGCAUAUGCUUACAAGAAAACAGAAGUCCAAGAACUUACAGAAGAUGGGUUGAUUCUGUUGGCAAUCGUGGGCGUUAGACGCCCAUAUCAAGAAGAGCUUAAAUUGGCAGUGGAAGCUCUUAAAAGGGUUGGAGUUAGCAUCAAACUGGUGUCAGAGGAUGAGCUCUCAACAGUGAGAGCCAGGGCUUCACAACUUGGAAUCUCCCCCGGUUCAAAUGACAUGGAAAUUGAAGGAGAAGUUUUCCGAAGACUGAAUUCCAUGGAAAGGCAGGAUAAGAUAGAUAUGAUCUCUUUGAUGGGAAGGUCCCUCCCUAAGGACAAGUUUCUCAUGGUGGAUCGCUUAAGGAAGAAAGGUCACAUAGUUGCAUUCUGUGGAGGGUUGACCAUAAGCGAUACUCCGACCUUAAAAGAAGCUGAUGUAGGAAUCAUAGAUGAUAUCCGGAGCACGGAAAUGGCUAGAGAGAAUGCUGAUCUUAUAGUUAGAAAUGUCUGUUUACUAGGCCCUAUUUGGAAGUCUGGUGCAUGUGCUUACGACAACAUUCAGCAAUUCUCUCAACUUCACCUCACUGCUUGCAUAUCUGGGCUACUGAUAACCUUAGUGGCAACAAUGCAUUCCGGAGAGUCCCCAUUAUCCGCAAUUCACUUGAUUUGGGUGAACUUGAUUAUGUGCCUUCUUGGUGGCCUCAUGAUGGUGAUGGAGUUACGAGGCCCAGAACUACUCACUCAAAGACCUGCAAAGAGGACUGAAUCACUUAUAACACCAGUCAUUUGGAGAAACAUAGCAAUUCAAGUUUCAUCUCAGGCUUCUGUCUUGCUGAUCUUACAUUUCAUGGGAAAUGCAGUACCAAGAAUGGAUCAAGGCAUCCGGAAUACGAUGAUUUUCAAUACUUUCACCUUGUGCCAGGUCCUUAAUCUGUUGAGUGCCAUGCACUUGGUGAAGAAGGAAAUGCUAGUUGUUGUCCUCCACAACAAUUGGUUUCUGAUGGCUUUGGGGGCUGUUUUGAUCAUGCAGGUGAUGAUUGUUGAGUUUGGAAAAGGGCUAGUCAGUGGUGCGAGGUUGAAUGCACUGCAGUGGUCGAUCUGUUUCCUUCUUGCUGCUCUUUCAUGGGGGUUUGAUUGGACCUUUAAAUUGCUUUCAGAUAGCAUCGAAAGAACAGCUUCGGCAUUGAUGGUGAAUUCACAUGUGGGGUUCUCAAAUAGGAGGCGCAGAUUAUACAUUUCUAUUUGGUUGUUCCUGAUCUUCUCCGUAUCGUCAUUUUGUUUUCACCCAGUUUCUCAGCUCGCUAGCACAUAUAUCAGUUAA